AGCAUAUCUUCAAAUUCCUCGAAAUUUCUAUUGGGAAACACUAACAAAUUGGCUGUGCAGUUGUGAAACAAAGAGAGGAGAAGAUGAAGGAAGAAAAUUCAGAGUCACAGUCUGCUCAAUCAGUUCGGCUCUCUACUCGCAUGCAAAGAGAAAUCAAGCUCCUUCACAGCGACCCUCCUCCGGGCGUCUGCGCCUGGCCUGCCAAUCAGAAUCUUCUCAACCAUCUCGAAGCUCAAAUUGAAGGUCCAGAGGGAACUGUUUAUGCCAAAGGAGUCUUCAAGCUCGAGAUUCAAGUGCCUGAAAGAUAUCCUUUUGAGCCUCCCAACGUGAGGUUUGUAACUCCAAUAUAUCAUCCCAAUAUUGACAGUGGAGGUCGUAUUUGUCUGGAUAUUCUUAAUUUGCCACCAAAGGGAGCAUGGAGGCCAUCCUUGAACAUUGCAACAGUGUUGGCAAGCAUUGGUUUGUUGCUUUCUGAGCCAAACCCCGAUGAUGGCCUUAUGUGUGAUAUUAGUGCAGAAUACAAGCACAAUAGGUCUACCUUUGAUCAAAAAGCAAGAUCAUGGACCCAAAAGUAUGCAGUGCAAAUGGAGUGUCAGAUCACAACUUUGCCAACAAACAUUUCAAGUCCAGGCAGUUCACCACUGGGAUCAAAUGAAAGGAUCGACAAUCCUAAACAAUUUGAAGAAGCUGCUGUGGAAUCUGUAAGUGGAUCUCCAAAUCAAAGUAACAUUAAAGGGAAGCCAAAAGAUAGGGGUCCUGGGUGUCCCGUAAAAUCAACAAAGUCUCUCAGCAAGAGACUUUCAUUGGCAAAAGAACCAAUGUUACAGCCAACAAUAAGCACUGCUUCUGCGGAGACGGUGACAGAUGUUGGUGCAAAAAUGUACAAGGAGAAUGCAAGCUUCAGACCUGCUCAGUGUGAUGGUAAGAAUCUUCAGCAGAAAUUACCUACUCAUCCAUCUGUUGAAACUAAUGACAACAAGGAUGAAUUGCUCCAAAAAGUUCAAAUUGGUGAUUCGUCUAGUUUGCUAGAAAAUUUAUCUACGGAACCAGGAAAAAAUGUGCAAAAAGGGGUUAUAUUGGGCAAGGAAAAUUUCCAUUUAAGAAAUUGGAAUGCUGAGAAACCUCAUUGUAAGUUGUCAGUAUCUAAACCAUUGGAAUGUGAGACUGAAAUAAAAACGAGAGAGAACACAAAACUCAGACCUUUACAUAAUGGUCUAUCAGGAAAUUCUAACCAGAGAAUUCUGCCUUUCGCAAGUGAUAACGAUCCACAAUGCAGCAAAUUGCAUGAGCUUCAGCCUACAAGGCCAAUCAACCAUAACCUUCCUGUAUCAGGAUUACUUCGACCGGAAGGUGUUCAUAAGAAAAUUACAGAGGAGAUGACACAGGUGGAAACUGUUGUCAUCUCAGAUAGUGAGAGUGAUGAAAAGCCUGUUCAAGUCAGAUCUAGGCUUUCAUUGUCACAGAGGACAUUGACUGGAAAGCGUAAGUUUAGAUCUAAUGCACGGUAAAUGAGUUGCAUGGUUUUAUGUAAGUGUCAAUGUCAUGCAGGGGAAUUUUGUUAACAACAUAUUUGAUCCCUCUGCCUUUUUCAAAUAUAAUGUUCUAUAUGUAAUUGCCCUAUUGCAUUCUAUGUCAAUACCUAGAUGUACUAGGAUAGAUGAAUGUAUUGCCUUGGUAGCAAAUUUUUACUGUUUGGUUUA